AGAAAAUGUUUCUUUCUUUUUUUGUUGAAACUUGAUCGCCUACCAGGACCACAAGUGCGUGGAUUGCGCCGCUUGUUGGCCAAUUGCGAGACCCAAGUGCGCACGAUGGAGCCAGAACGCGUACAUUCCAAGGAUCAGGCAGAUUACCAAAAAUAUGCAUAGCAGUCUCUAUCUGAUCCUUUGUCUUAAUGCCGGCUACGUAUAUCUCUUGGCCCUGCCCAGGGUCCAUCAGACUUGGCAGUUAGCCUGCUCCUGUCUUAUAAGAUCCACCCCCUCUCCCUCUUUCUUGGAGGCUUAUAUCGGCGACAAAGUGUCGCACAUCGCAGUUCUUUCAUUCUCUGUGGUUUUUAGCGGUCUCUUAACGACUCAUUGAUCUUGCAUUCUCACGAACUCAACGCCAACUAAUCCAAUCAUAAUCUCCCUCCUCAAGUCGGAAAAUAGACAGGAAUGCCGCUUCCAGUGAACUACAAUUACUACCACUUCCACCCCAACAAGGUCGUCGGUAUCGUUGCUACUGCCCUCUAUGGAACCAGUGCCAUCUUUCAUAUCGUGCAACUAUGGCGUGCCAGGGCCUGGUACUUCCUGUCGCUGCUCACGGGCGCAUUUAUGAUGACCCUUGGCUACAUAUUCCGCAUCAUGGGCGCCGAAGAUCCGACCAAUUUUGGGCCCUUCGUGGCGCAAUCCGUCUGCAUCGUGCUCCCGCCCGCCUUCUACGCCGCAACCAUCUACAUGACCUACGGCCGCAUCGUCAACCACGUCGGACGCGACGACCUCUCGCUCGUGUCCGCCCGUAGAGUCACCAAGAUCUUUCUUUGGGGCGACAUCAUCGCCAUCAUCGGCCAGUCCACCGGCGGCGGACUGACUCCCAACGGCGGCAACAUGGCCAAGAUCGGCGACGGGAUCACGGUGGCGGGUCUGUUCGUGCAACUCGUCUUCUUCGGCUUCUUCCUCGUCGUAACUAUCGUUUUUGAGCGCAGGAUGCAUGCCGAGGCGUUCAAGCGGCCGUAUCCGAAGUGGUUAGUCCUCGUCUGGGUGCUGUUCUUCGUGGCGGCGCUGAUCAUCAUUCGGUGCAUCUUUCGCAUUAUCGAGUAUAUUCAAGGCGCGGAGGGGUAUUUGGCUACUCACGAAGUGUAUCUGUAUAUCUUCGAUACGUUGCCCAUGUUCGUCGUCCAGGCUAUCUUUCAUUUCUGGCAUCCGGGGAAUAUUCUUCGGCCGAAGGAGCAGCAGGGGAUUCCGUUGACGUCGCAGGGCACGGACUCGGAAGAGACGGCGUGAGGGCUAUCAAUUCCCCUCUGUUAUUUUUUCUAUUUCUCUGUUUUCUUUCCCAGUCGUGGUUCAACCCGUGGUGAGAACAAGGUCUCUCCGUUGUAUAGAUCAUGAAUAGGAGGAUGGUUUCUGGCGAUUCAGCGUGAAAGAUUCUGUUAUCUCAAUUCCCUGCAUUAUCAUGUCCUAGAUUUACACUUGAAGAACAUAUUUCCAUUUUGUUUA